GAACCUGAGGACGCCGGAGUUGGGCCCUGGGUCUCAGGCUGGUGCGCGGCUGGGUGUCUGGCACCACGUCUGACCCCCGCGAUCCUUCAGCGCUCUGAUCAGGGACGAGGUGGCUGAAGGCCCGGGAGCUGGGUCGGUCCGAGCCCACCUCAUACGACUGGGCCGACCGCUGCCGAUUGACGCGGUGACAGCGAGCGUGCUCCGGAGCCGGAGUCCUUCAGCGGUAAAGUUAUGGCCGAGGGGACGGGUCAAACUUCCUCAAAGUUCCUGUUUCCCUUCAAGCCUUACUCCAUCCAGGAGGAAUUCAUGGCUGCACUAUACAAUGUGCUUGAAGAAGGGAAGAUUGGAAUAUUUGAGAGUCCCACUGGGACAGGGAAGUCACUCAGUCUCAUCUGUGGAGCACUCACUUGGCUCAAAGACUUUGAAGAGAAAAAGAAACGGGAAGCAGCCGAGCUUUUGGAAGAUCGACUUCCACAGCAGUGGCAGUCUCAAGAUCUCCAGAGUUCCUCCAAGAAGUUGGAAGCCAAGUCCUUGGAGGGUGAAUUGGACUGGAUUACUGAAUUUGUGCAGAAGAAGGCUGAACGUGACCUGGUUGAUAAACUAAAGGAUGAAGAAUUAAGAAGAAAGAAAAGAGAGGAACGAUUGGAGCAAAUGCGUAACAAUGUGCAGCAUAAAUAUGCCUCAAAGCGCAAGAGGGAUGCUGAUGACACCGAACGCCUCAUUCAGAUGAGUAAAGAAGUGAUGACUUCUGAACAGGCAUCCAACACUGAUGCUCUGGACAAAGAGGAUGAGGGCUUCAUUCUGGCAGAUUAUGAGAGUGAUGAUGAAAAAAAAUCAAAGGAUCCAGGCCUGUCUGACGAGGAUGACUUGGAGGAAGAACAUGUGACUAAGAUCUAUUACUGCAGUCGCACACAUUCCCAACUCACUCAGUUCGUACACGAAGUUAAGAAAAGUCCUUUUGGUAAAGAGACUAGGCUUGUGUCGCUUGGGUCUCGACAGAACUUGUGUGUAAAUGAGGAGGUGAGAUCUCUGAAGUCUGUCCAGUUGAUCAACGAUCGGUGCUUGGAAAUGCAGAAGAACAAACGUGCUGACAGAAAAGGCAGCGAGGAUGAACAGGAGGCCCCAAAACGGAAGCGCAAGAGCCGAGUGACUUGCCCAUUCUAUAGCCAUGAGCAGAUGCAGUUCCUGCGUGAUGAGGUGCUGGUGGAGGUGAAGGACAUAGAACAGUUGGUGUCUCUGGGAAAGGAGAUGAACGCAUGCCCAUACUAUGCCAGCCGCUAUGCAAUUCCACCAGCACAGUUGGUGGUGAUGCCCUACCAAACACUGCUUCACAGCUCGACCAGGCAGGCAUCUGGCAUUAAACUGAAGGGACAGAUACUGGUGAUUGACGAAGCGCAUAACCUGAUUGAUACCAUCACUGCCAUUCACAGCUACAAGGUGACUGGGUCACAGUUGUGCUGUGCUCAUUCCCAACUCUCUCAGUAUCUGGAGCGUUACAGAAGCAGACUGAAAGCAAAAAACUUGAUGUACAUCAAACAGAUCCUUUAUAUCCUUGUUAAUCUACUUAAAGUUUUAGGAGGAAAAGUUGGACAAAAUCCUAACAUGCAGAAGAUUAGUCAGGAAGGCACUGAGCUCCAAUCUAUCAAUGAUUUUCUCUUUCGUGCUCAGUUUGACAACAUUAACCUCUUCAAAGUACAGCGCUACUAUACAAAGAGUAUGCUCAGUCGAAAGCUGUUCGGGUUUGUAGAGAAGUACCAGGAUUCAGUUUUAAAACCAGUCAGUGCAGAAAAUCAGACAGCUGCUCUGGUGGAUUUUCUACAGAGUCUUAAUGAGAAAUCCAGUGGUCAAGUUAAACUCCAUGAGCAGGAGGAGACCCUGGAGAAGGAGCAGCCUCUCAUGGCAUCACCAAUGAUGCACAUUGAGGGGUUUCUCUUUGCCCUUACCAGCACCAACAAGGAUGGGCGAGUGGUCAUUCAGAAACAAGGUACAGUGUCUCAGAGCAGCCUGAAGUUCCUGCUGCUGAACCCAGCCGUCCACUUUGCUGAGAUAGUGAAGGAGAGUCGAGCAGUGGUCAUCGCUGGAGGCACAAUGCAACCGGUGGCAGAAUUCAAAGACCAGCUCCUAUUCACUUCGGGUGUCUCUGCAGACAGGCUGGUGGAAUUUUCCUGUGGUCAUGUAAUUCCACCGGAAAAUAUUUUGCCCAUCAUCCUCUGUAGUGGUCCAUCAGGACAACAGCUUGAAUUCACCUUUCAGAAGAGGGACAAGCCACAACUGCUGGAUGAAUGUGGUCGGGUGCUGGUCAAUUUAUGUAAGGUGGUCCCAGGUGGUAUUGUAUGCUUCUUUCCAUCAUACGAGUAUGAAAAUCUUGUGUACAAACACUGGGAAAAGACUGGUCUGUUGGUGCAACUAGAAGCCAAAAAGAAGAUUUUCCAGGAGCCCAAAAAGGCCAGUAUGGUGGAGCAUGUGCUUUUUGAGUACUCCAGGUGUAUCCAGCACUCAAAGCAAACAGCAGGCCCGAUCACGGGGGCUCUGCUGCUGUCUGUCGUUGGGGGAAAGAUGAGCGAAGGCAUCAACUUCUCCGAUGAUCUCGGCAGGUGUGUGGUAAUGGUUGGAAUGCCAUUUCCCAACGUGAACUCACCAGAGCUGCAAGAAAGGAUGGCGUACCUGGAUAAGACCAUGACAAAAAAUGAUGGAAAGAGUCCAGGAAAAGUAUUAUUGGAAAACCUGUGCAUGAAAGCUGUCAACCAGUCUAUAGGACGAGCGAUCCGCCAUCGUGAAGACUAUGCUAAUAUUAUGCUCUUGGAUCAUCGCUAUACCCAACCGAGAAUUCUUAGCAAGUUGCCAGGUUGGAUCAGAGGGCAAACACGGACCGAAGUUUCAUUUGGACCUGCCCUUGGAGCUAUUGGAAAGUUUUUCAGGAAUAGGAAGUCCCUUGGAGAUGCUAUGUGAAUGGAAGGACCAUCACUGGAAAGGGAGAUGCUUAUGUUAACUACAACUGAUUCAUCCUACUUGGCUAGUUACAUUCCCCUUCCCCAGUUGUAUGACAGUUAUACAGAAUUGAUUCUUAUCCUUUCCAUUUUGCUUGUCACCUUUCUUCUGCUAUUUGAUAGGUAUUGCGUGCUUUUAAGCACUUGUAAAUUAAAUAUUUAUAUUCCCUUUUGCUGAAACAAAUCAUGUAAUAAAUAAUUUAAAGAUGGCCUGUGUUCCAGAACCAGCUGUACUUUGAGCCAAGCUGCUCCAGUAUUGUUACAACAUUGGCAUCUACACAUCAAUGUGAAGAACCUCCGAUCUACACCUCAUUCGCAAAAGAAUAUAAAUCAACCCAGCUAAUUACAUUCAAAGAGAUGGAAACAGUCAUUGACAAUGCCAGCAAGUGGUAUUUAAUCAUCAAAAAGCCAGUCACACAUGUUGAAUUUGUGUUUUAGAACAGUACUGGCCCUUUGGCCCACAAUAUGCUAACCCUUUCCUCCUACACAGCCCUCCAUUUUUGUAUAAUUCGUGUGCCUAUAAAUGCUCUUAAGUGUGACUAAUGGAUCUGCCUCUAACACCACCCCUGACAACACGUUCCACACAUGCACCACUAUAUGUGUGGGGUGGGGGAACUUGCCUCUGACAUUUCUUAAAAUUAUGCCCCCUUGGAUUAGCCAUUUCCACCAUGGAAAAAUGUCUCUGGCUGUCCAGACUCUCAUCAUGAAGUUAUACUGCCACAGGGCAGAGUUGUACAGGGUGAGGCAGUACACCCUGUGAUGUUUAUCUUAUUAACACUGAGUACCUAAUCUCAUUCAAUCUUGCCCUCUGAACAUGUGCAAACAAAAACGUAUGCCCUUGAACAGAAAAUCCUCCAAAAAGUAGUGGAUAUGGCCCAGUCCAUCAUCAGGGACCCCUCCACCCAGCUCGUACUGUCUUCUUGCUGCGGCCAUCAGGAAGAAGGUACUGGAACCUCAGGACUUGCACCACCAGGUUCAGGAAUGGUUACGACCCCUCAACCAUCAGGCUCUUUAAGCACUGGGGAUAACUUAAUUUGCUUCAUCACUGAAACGUUCCCACAACCUAUGGACUCACUUUGAAGGACCCUAUCUCAUGUUAUCAAUAUUUAAUGCUUAUUUAUUAUUAUUAUUUCAUUCUUUCUGUAUUUUCAGUUUCUUGUCUUUUGCACAUUCGUUGUAGCCCAGUUGGUGUGGUUUUUCAUUGGUUCUGUUGGUGCGUGGCCAAGUGGUUAAGGCAUUCGUCUAGUGAUUUGAAGGGCGCUAGGUCGAGCCUUGGCUGAGGCAGUGUGUGUGUCCUUGAGCAAAGCACUUAACUGCACAUUGCUCUGCGACGACACCGGUGCCAAGCUGUAUGGGUCCUAAUGCCCUUCCCUUGAACCACACCGGUGUCGUGGAGAGGGGAGGCUUGCAGCAUGGGCAACUGCUGGUCUUCCAUACAACUUUGCCGAGGCCUGCGCCCUGGAAACCUUGCAAGGUGCAAAUCCAUGGUUUCAUGAGACUAACGGAUGCCUAUAUAUAUGUUAUGGUUAUUAUUCUAUUAUGGAUUUAUUGAGUGUGCUUACAAGAAAAUGAAUCUCAGGGUUGUAAAUAGUGACAUGUAUGUACUUUGAUAAUAAAUUUAUU